CAAUGAUUUGGAUUCCUAAUCAACUUGUUGGAGCUCCUCUUUCCACCAACAUAUUGCUUCAGUGCAACUUGGAAUCCCAUCCCAAAUCUGUGACAUAUUGGAUAAAAGAAGGUGGAAUUAUGGUGCUCACUAAUAACAAGUACAAAACAGAAGUUCAGCCGGGUGUGUUGUACAAAUUCCAACUGAAACUCUACAUUCACAAUUUAGAACCAGAUGACUACGGAUCUUAUACUUGCGUCGCCAAAAACUCUCUUGGGGAAACGGAAGGGACUAUAAGACUCUAUGAAAUUCCGCCGCCAACAUCGAUUGAAAAUACGGCAGAGAAAGAUAUCCUCCUUUCCAAAUCGGAAAAAUUACGAAAUGGACACAAACAGAAUUCAUUCAAAAAACACGAGGAAAACGGUAAGGUAUUAGAUUUUUUAGUUUCGGGUGAAACUUUUCGCAAUGUGUGUAUUUAAAGAAAAUCGAAGACUCAUUUAAUUAAAAAUACCAGUUUUCUAAAAUGCGUUCGCAAAAUGCAGGAUAUUAAGUAAACGAAACUGAUAUUGAAAAAUUGAAACUUAAAAAUGGAACUGUUU